AUAACAAACACUUUUAGAAACUGAAUUUUUCUAAAAAUAUUAGGGACAAAAUUGGGUUACCAUAAAUUUGUGGGGACAGAUGUAACAUAAAUUGGGUUAAUAUUCAUCCCUUUCAUGUCCUCAGUCCCUCUUGUUGAACUGCAACACAAUAGCACAGAUUCAAUUCAACCAGGUACAUGUUAGUGGUAAACAAUGACAAGAACACGAUCAAGAGCACAAACACGAAAACUAAUAAGACAAAUACGAUCACAAACACAAACACAAAUCAUCCCUUUCAAACCAACAUCAACAUCAAAAACAAUCUCAGCAGCUCUCAAACUUGUCGACAGCAAAAAACAAAAUCUCAAAAAAGCAUACGAUGAUCUUCAAUCUCACUCUUCUCAUCUCUCUUCUUUCCCUCUUUCAUGGCAAGACCUCGAUUCUCAUUUCACCACAAUCCAAAACUCUCUCUCUCAACGCUUUCUUCAUCUUCAAUCCCUAGAAUCACAAUUUCAAAAAAAUCACAAUGACCCAUCAACUUCUCCUUCAAAAUUACCUAACCCAAAACCUAAAAAUUCAAACUUUACAUCAAUCCCUAACAACCCAUCAACUUCUCCUUCAAAAUUACCUAACCCAAAACCCACAAAUUCAAACUUUUCAUCAAUCCCUAAUGACCCAUCUUCUUCUUCAAACCCAAAAUCAUCCAUAAGUCACUUGGAAGCAUUGAGUUUACUCUGCAAGAACAAUGAUGGAAAAGGGUUAAGGGAUUUCAUUAAGGAGAAUUUUAAUGAUAGGGUUGUUAUCAAAGAUGAGCUUCAGAUUGCAUUUAAAUCUGCAUCUAAUCCUGCAAACAUGGUUCUUGAUGCAAUUGAUGGUCUUUUUUGUGGAAAUGUAAUGGUAGAUCGUAAAGAUUCACGUUUGACUAAGAGAAGUUGCAAUUUUUUGUUUCAACAGCUGAGGGUUUUUUCUCCUUAUGUUAGUUUUGAUGUUAAGGAGAAAGCUAAGAAGUUGUUUAAUGAGUGGAAGGUUAACUUGAAUGAUAGUCAUGAACCAAGUUGGUCUAUGGCUUUCUUGCAAUUUGUUGCUGUUUAUGGUUUUCUUGUUGAUUUGAAUGAUGCUGAGCUUGCUGCUUAUUCUACUACUGCUUCUGGUGAUCUUGGUGAGAUUCCUGAGCUGUUCCAGGUUAUUGCUUUGUCAGAUAGAGUUCAAGGUGUUAUUCAGAAACUCAUUGAAAGGGGCAAACAUGUUUUGGCUGUCAAGUUUAUUUUUCACUUCAAACUUGAGGAUAAGACCCCACCUGUUCCCAUUUUGAAAGCUUUUGUGAAUGAUGCAGAGCAACAUGCGAAAAGACUCGCCGCCGAGGGAAAGUCACUGAAUGAGAGAACAUCUAGACAAAUCCAUUCACUGAAAUCAGUGAUUAAGGUUAUUGAGACUUAUAACCUUGAUUCUGAGUUUCCACGUGCAAGCCUUGAAAAGCGUAUAGAUGAAUUGAACAAGAAGUUCUUGGUAGGUGUAAAACCCACUGCACCAGCUUUUGCUGCGAAUCCUCAUCAGCAUCAGCAACAACUAAGCGGGCUGGAGCGUCGUCUAACAUCUAUUCCAUUCGGUCCUCCACCUGUCCUUAAUAAUGUUGGCGGUGCCAAUUCAACCAUACACCAGUACCGACAACAACUACUACCUCGUUUCCAGUCAACAAGUUUGUUGCCGGAUCAUCCAAAUCCAUACAUGAGCAUGCCGCCACCAACCAUGUCAUUUGGCAUGAAGGCACCAACUCCAACUGUCUCCUCCUAUACAGGUCCCUCAACUGGACCUUAUGGUUUUGGUGGUGUCCCGAAGGCUCCUACUCCUAGUAGCAACCUCGACCAAGUUGGUUCUCAUCCGAAUUCGGCACAGCCGCAAGUGUUUUCUGGUUAUUAUGCCCCAAUGGCUGCUAGUGGCAACCUCAAUCAAGGUGAUUCUCAUCCGAAUGCUUCAGUGCCACAAGUCAUGCCUGCUUAUUAUGCCCCAACAGGUCCCAGUUCCAACCUCCACCAAGGUAGUUCUCAUCCGAAUCCGUCUGAGCCACAAGUUAUGCCCGGUAAUUAUGAUAGACCCCCGGCAUCUGGUGCCUACGGUCUGCAACAGUAUUACGGAACAUCUUAUCCUCAAUAGGUUAAGCAUAUUUGCUUUCUUUUUCAGUACUGAACUCCUUGGUUAGUAUUAUAGUUUCUCGCACUUCUUGCUUUUGGUUAUAGAUGCAAAGCUUGCUUUGGCGUUCACCAAGAUCAUAGAAAGGAAUUAGAUUAAACAUUUAAGAAUUUUGAGAGAUUGCUUGGUUUCAGUGUUUAACUACCUGAGUCAUUUUCACUGGAAAGGUUCAUUUUAGAUUAGUCAUGAUCUUCUUUGUUCUUGCUCUUCCUAGUCGCUUAACCUCCAUGAUUUUCUCUAGGUAAUGAAAGCUUAGACAUGGUUUGGAUAAUAAUACUUGCUACAGGGGUGGGAUGUGUAGCUCAACUGGUUUGAGCUAAGGGUUAAAGGUAUUAAGGUGUAAAAGGACCCUGGUUUAAGUCAUGGUGAAGGAGAAAAAUACUAACAUUAAUAACUAAUUACUGACUUUGGCCAUUUAAAAAAAAUAAAAUAAUACUCACUAGAAUAGAAACUUUCUACAUUUGUAUUAGGCGUAAUUUUGCUCGAGAAUUAUUAAACAAAUUUACAGUGGUUUCAUAAUUUUUUUCUCUCA